AUGGGUGUCGCCUAUUCGUCUGUCUUCCUCUCAUUGCCCACUAGCACCUUCUUUGCGCCCACCACUCUUUCUCCUCACAAAUCUGUAUCAAAUUCUAUUGUUCUCACUCCCACCACUACAUUGUAUCAAACCCAUCUCCAGAAACCAACUUACAGCACCGUCACCCAAUCUUCUUCAGCAGUUUUGGCUACAAAGUGUGCCAGAGUUGAAGAAAUGGAAGCCCAAGAGGAAAUUUCUAUAAAACCCAUAUAUGAUCCUCACAGUAUUGACCAAGAAUUGCUUCAAAAGUUGGUGUAUGAUGCUCUGGUUUGGAGUUCUCUUCAUGGGUUUGUUGUUGGAGACAAAAAUGUUGAGAGAUCAGGAGUUGUGCCUGGUGUGGGUAUGGUUCAUGCCCCAUUUGCCUUACUGCCCAUGUCAUUUCCUGAAAAUCGCUUUCAACAAGCUUGUGAAUUAGCUCCCAUUUUCAAUGAACUAGUUGAUCGUGUUAGCUUGGAUGGACAAUUUCUACAGGACUCACUCUCCAGCACCUUCAACUCGAAGCAUCUGAUUUGCUGUGAUGAUGAAGGUGAUCUGUUUAGACUUUCCAGUAUGCCCUGCUAA